UUAAAAAAUAAUACAAAUUUUAAACAUACUGACUGGUGUAGGGUUUCAUAUGGUCGGCCAUGCAUGACUAUACUUUCCUACUUGUUUCGUCCCAUUUCCCAUAAUUUCAAUUGCAACCACAAACGCUAGCGACAGUUUUAAAACUAUAUUCUAUCGACAGUGGUCCAAGUUGCAAUCAACAAGUUAUAUUGAUUUUGCACACUAGAAACUAGAGAGCAAAAAUUGCAAUUCUCUCUUUGGUUUUCUACGUAUUUUGUAAUUAUUAGUCUAUGCUCUACAAUUUGUUUAUAAAUACAUACCAGCGAUAGGCAGAGAAUAUAAAUUUUGUUCUCUGACCAGUUUUUUUACAUGUAUGAACAUACGUACGUGUGUGAAAAAGAGAGUACAAGAGAGCUCAUUUGAGAACUCACUGUGUUUCGCUGAUAUAUACAUAUGUAGAAAUUAAUUUAAUAUUAUUUUAACAAAUAAACAAAUAUAUCUAAUAUCGUGGUACUUAUCUCGAUUGUUGUCGUACCAAAGGAAAGAAGUUUAGUAUCAAAUCUUAUAUAAACGAAAUAGAAAGUACAAGUAAAAAUGCUAAAACUUUUAUGGCCAUCAUCAAAGCCUGUGUGUGAGUGUGUACUGAAUAUAUGGUGAAAUAAUUAGCCCAGCUGAUCAUAGUUUUAAAAUUUUUAUACUCUGCACCACUGUAGUAGUUGAUGUUUGUAACGCACAAAAAUUUCGGUCCACAUUUCGAUCCACGAUUCUCACAAAAUUUUGUAGGGAGAUUUGGAUUCGUAUAAAACAUGUCUGUGUGGAGUUUUAUCGAUAAAUCGGUCUAUAAUUGGAACCCACCCACACCCAAUUUCGGAGCACAUCCGAAAUUAACAAAUUUCCAUUGCAAUUUUUGAUUAUAAGCCUACUUGUAGUUUAAAAAAAAUCUGAAAGAAACGAAACUCAAUUUGUUUAAUUUUGAAAAUGAUAAUGUCAAGUCAUGGCUUUAUACCCGAUACUAAUCGUGGUCAUUGGACCAAUCCGAAUGAUUUUAUCUAUGCCGGUUUAGGUUUGGCAUUUCGUUUUGAUGUCUUUUCAUUGUCAAAAAUCUAUUUGAUCGAUGGGAAUGUUAUUUACUUUAUGCCCGAAUGUUUACUGGGUUUAUUUAUCUAUAUAGUACCAUUUAUUGUGUUGCAAUCAUUUUUGGGUCAAUUUUCUAGUAGUAGUUAUAUCUCAGCAUUUCGUUUAACACCUCUCUAUAAAGGCAUUGGUUAUGUUGCUCUAAUAUUAAAUAUUUGUGUACUUUCAUUUUAUAGUAUUUUUGCCAUGAUAGCACUUGUCUAUAUGUUUUCUUCUAUGCAGUCAACAUUACCCUGGAAUUGUAAAAAUUACGAAAAAUGGUCGAUGAAUUUUACUAAACAGGAAAAGAUAAAUCUUUGCAAUUUAUAUGUAACAGACGGCAACGAUACUUACUAUUCGGAUCACAUAAUCGCUGGUAAUAAUUACAUACCCUCAGCUUUGUAUUUCAAAACAUUUUUCGAAACUACUUACGGUUUUGUUGAUUUUUCAAUGUCAUGGCAAUUGGUAUUAUGUGACAUUAUAGUUUGGACUCUGGUCAUAUUGUUCUUUUAUAAAUUCUUCAAUACUGAAAUGUUUGGUAUUAUUAUACGUUACACCAUUUGGAUAUUGCUCGCACUUCUUUCGGUGUUAUUAAUACGCUUCAGCUUUUUACCCGGUUCUGGAAAAGUAUUUUAUAGUAUUAUCGUACCCUCUUGGGUGAAUUUUACACAUAGUCUUAUAUCGAUGCCAAUUUAUAGUAUAUAUGCUUUUGGACCCGGUUGGGGUCUUUUCAUAACAUUGGCUAGUUUUAAUAAAUUUAAUACCAAUAUUAUGCAAAAGAGUUGGUUUAUUGGACUCGGGCAGUUGGCUAUAGUUAUUGGUUUAAAUUUAUUGGCGAAUUUAAUAAAACAAUAUUUUAAAGAAGUAACAAGUGGAAAGUACUAUACGGAAGUGGAACAUGUUUGGAUACCAUAUUUAUCCGCAGGAAGUGCCAUAACCGAUAUGGCAUGGGCCAAUUUAUGGUCAAUAUUAUAUUAUUUUAUGCUGUUUUUAUCUGCCAUGCUAACAAUCAUCAUGGAAUUGUAUACAAUUUUGACUACAGUUUUUGAUGAAUUUACUGCUUUAAGAAAGUGCAAAGUAUUAAUAGGAACAUGCCUCAUAGCCGCCACAGCAUCCAUUUCUCUAUACUUCACUUCAUAUGUUGGCUUUCGAAAUUUUACUGCUAUUUUAAUUGAUACAUAUUUUACUCAUACUAUGCUUAAUUUAUUAUUAAUACUGACUUUACUAUGGAUUUAUGGACGUGAACGUCUUCAGCGGGAUAUAAAAUUUAUGACAAAUUCAGAAUUUUCCACGUGGCAAAUUAAUGCUCUUCGAUUUGUAGUACCAUUGGGGCUGUUGAUUAUUCUGAUAUAUUUUCUUUUAGAGGCAUGCGUUACCCACUAUUUAUCAAAUCAGUUUAUAGCAAUUUUCGCCUUAAUCUUUAUUAUUAUUCCAAUAGUUUUAAUACCGACCUAUGCCGUUUAUUAUGUGUGUCAAAGUGAUGUUAAUAGACCAAAUAAUUGGUAUCCCGUUGAACUAGAGGACCGUGAACGUUAUAAAGAUGUUGUAAUUUGUAAUAGUGUAUAACUCUUGAACGAAACAAUAUAACCGACUGUAAUAUAAAGCCGAUAUUAAAAAAAAAUAAUAAUUCAAUAAAAAUAUUUAGAAAUUGCU